AUGCAAGAGUUCCAUUGCAAAGAUUCAUUGUCUUAUCCUGCAACUUCUUGGGAAAACUCUGUGUUCACAAACUCAAAUGUUCAAGGAUCAUCAUCUUCCAUGACCGACAACAACACAUUAAGCUUGACGAUGGAGACGAUGUCUACUCAUUUCCCAGGGAUGAAACAAACUGGUUUUCAAUUUCAGGACCAACCUGAUUCCUCCUCCACUCAAUCCACUGGAGGAGAAUCAUAUGCUGAAGUUGCAAGUUUAACCGAACCUAAUCAUCGAUAUGGCAACAACAUUGUUACACAUCUCUCAGGUUACAAAGAAAAAGCAGAGGAGGAUCCUAGUGGAAGUUAUUCGAAGUCGAUCUUGUUGAAAGUGUCUCAAGAUUCAGUGGUUCCUCCUAUCAUUGAGGCGGCUUCUUGGCCUAUUGAAACGCCAUAUUUUAAUGGUUUCUUGCCUUUUCCGUAUGCAUCACAACGCAUGGCGCAUCAUCCUCAAAUUGGAGGGUUGAUUCCUUCUAGAAUGCUUUUACCUCCCAACAUUCCAGAGAACAAACCAAUAUUCGUCAAUGCGAAACAAUACCAAGCCAUUCUCCGUCGCAGGCAGCACCGUGCAAAACUCGAAGCUCAGAACAAGCUCAUCAAAGUCCGAAAACCAUACCUUCACGAGUCGCGCCACCUUCAUGCGUUAAAGAGAGCUAGAGGCUCAGGUGGUCGUUUCCUCAACACAAAGAAGCUUCAAGAAUCAAAGUCGCCACAAUCUCCUUUCUCGGACCCGCAACAUUUCUUCAAGAACACUCAUGGUAAGUUCCGACAAAGGGACAUUUCAAGCGAUGGGACCGGGUCAAGUGGCUCGGCAACAUCUUGCUCGGAGAUAACUGGGAACAACAACGACAUGUUCCAACAAAACCCACAAUUCAGGUUCGCAGGUUAUCCAUCAAACCACCAUGUCUCAGUCCUCAUGUGA